AUGAUUAAACAAUUACAGUACAAUAUCAAGAAAGGAAAAUGUGUUGGCAUGGAGAUGGAUUUAAUGGAUUUGGACAAGGUUGCAAAGAGUUGUGUGAAAUUAUGUCAAGAAAUUUUACCACAACAUUUUGGAGUCAAUUCCAAGCUCGAUGUGAUUGUGAAUAAUGCAGGAGUGGUUGGAAAUAGUGUGACGGAUGAAAAUUCUUCAGUGAAAAAUCCACAAGGUGUUUCAAAAACAUUCUCUGUGUGUUAUCUUGGACAUUUUCUAAUGAAUCACUUGCUAAGAAAUCAAUUAAGAGAGAAUGGAAGAAUUGUUGUGGUCUCGUCCAAUGUGGUUCAAUUAAUGAUUAGUGACAAAUACCAAUCUUUGGAACAACUCGAUUGGAUGAAAAUGAUUUUUGAUGAAAAAACGAAAGGAACCAUUCCUCCAUAUGCCUACAACAAAUUAUUCUGUUCCAUGCAUUGCUUAAAUUUACAUGACAAAUGGAUCAUUGAAAAACAAUGUCCACAUUUACAAUCUGUGAAUUAUGUUCAUCCUGGUGUCAUGAUGACCAAUUUAUUAGAACGAGCAAAGGAAGAUCAAAAACAAACCUCUCCUUUCCUCGCCUAUCUCAGUUACGGAAUUGGAAAGAUCAUUCAUGCCUUUUCUGGAAUUCCAAUUUCACAAGGUGCCUAUCACGAGUUGAGAUUAGCUCUCGAUCCAUCCAUUACCUGUUCAGGAAAAUUCUUUUUCAUGCAACAACAAAAAGAUCCCAAAGACGAUCAUCCUCUUCUCGCUCUUCGGGAAGAACGAGAGAAAUUAUGGCAAUUCAGUAUGGAACGGAUUGGUCCCUUCUUGGAACAGUAUUCUCCUCAUAUUGAAGAAUGA